AUGGGCAUCUCAAUGCGCAGCGCGAGCCUGCCGACGCACCCGGGCGAGCUCAGCGUCGACUUUUGCAGCCUUCAGGCCGACACGCUCCAGCGAUACGUCGACUACCACCAGCUGCCGCUGCCAUCGUCUGCGACAAAAGACGACCUUGCGAUCCGCGUCGCCGCCCAUUUCAGCGAAACGGUCACCAUGUUUGAGGACGAGAAGGCCACCAUCAUGUCGUUCUUGACCUACGCCCGCGCGACGCCGGCGACGCAGCCGAUCAAGGCCCUCGGUGACGCCAAGCGGCCACGGGCUGCGACGCCCGACGACGCCAUGACGUCGGGUGACGACAUCUCGAACGACAGCAACCGGCCAAGUAAGAAGGCCAAGCGCAAGGAAAAGCGAUACUGCAUCUGCGACGGCGAGAGCUUUGGUGCGAUGAUUGCGUGCGACAACAACGCCUGCAGCGACCGCUCCAACUGGUAUCACAUGCAGUGCGUCGGCCUCGAGACUACGCCCGAGACAUGCCGCGAGCUGCAGCACCUUCCGAGCUGGUGCCUGUUUCGGAAGCCGGCGCUCAGCACGACAUACGGCGACAUGAUCUCGCACGCGCUUCGCUCCAUGCCUCGCGGCGAGGGAACGUUCAAAGACAUUUGCGAGUACAUUGAAGCGCAGUACGAGAGUCAACUCAACUGGAAGCUCGAGAGCGACCAGCGCAAGUCGCCCGUGUGGAAGUCGUCGGUGCGAAAAAUCCUCUUUUCCAACUCGCGUUUCAAGCGCCAUGCUAUCAUCAAGGGCGUCUUUUGCCUCGUGCCGUCAACAGCAGCGUAG